AUGGCCCGUUUACGUCAACGUAAGAACUCGGAUCCCGAAAAUUUCACCCAAGGAGGUGGUCGUGCGGCGGGAGGAGCAACUCGUGGUGGUCGUGCAGCAAGAGGAGCAAUUGGUGGUGGUCGUGGUGGCAACAACAACAUACCUCGUGCUGGUGGCACUUACACACCUGGCGAUGCAAAUCUGGACAUCAUGAGAAUCAUCCAAGAAGAAGCCCAAAAGAGGGACGAAGACAUCACAAAAGGCGGAGAAGAUACGGGUAACGGGAGAAAGAAAAAGAAGAAGAAAAAGAAUAGAGUCAACGAUAACACCAAUGUCAACAACAGGAACUUAAUCUGGUUCUAUUUGCUUGGGAUAUUUGCAACAUACUCUUCCGUUAUGGCUCCUCUCACAUGUGCCUUCAACGCCGAAGAGUAUUUGCCAUAUCAAAUCAUCAUAGUAAUGGAAUUUGCUUUCAUAGUUGACAUUUUACGUGGAUGGAUAUGCGCCUAUCAUGAUAAUCAGCCCAUCGCUAAUGAUAGGUUUCUCCAUUGGUGUUACAGGAUCUGGUUACUUAAUCCUAGGAAGUUGGAACUUGUAGCUGUGGCUGCUGUCCCAUUGGCUAAUAUUCUCCAGUGUGAGUAUUUAAGGUGGAUUAAUAUUGUUCGGGCUAUGAGAGGAAAGGAGCUAUUAGAGAAACUUGAAAAAGUUGAAAGCUUCAACUAUGCUUUCAUCAUGUUCAUAAAGAUCAUGGCUAUCCAGUUAUACUGCAUACACACAACUGGAUGCAUGUUACAUCAACUUGCCACAGAUUUUGAAGGUCUUCCUCAAAUAUAUCAAACUUGGAUGUCAGAUAUCCAAAUUGGCAACCAAAAUCUCUCAGGACUCGGGAAUGUGCAGAAAUACAUUGCAUCGACCUAUUUUGCCACUGUCACACUGUCCACCGUUGGCUAUGGAGACAUUCACGCAACUAAUCUGACUGAGAUGGUAGCUUUGGCAUGUCUAAUCAUCGUUAGCUUAACUGUGUGGACCUACUUAGGUGUCCAACUAGCAAACCUCUUUGGGAGAAGAUCGAAGAAGCAAAUAGUUGGAGAGAAGAUGGAUAAUCUGGAGAAGUAUCUGAAAGAAGCCAAAAUUGCUGAGAAUUUAGCUGAAGACAUCAGAGGUCAUAUGCAGAUGAAAUACAGUGAUGAUUUCGAUAGGAAAAUUCUUGAAGAUGUUCCAGCUUGUCUCAUAGCCAAGAUAAAUAAAAAUUUCAAUGAAAGCAUUAUCAGGAGUGUCUCUCUAUUCAACGGAUGUUCACCUGAAAAUUUUAAGCAUCUGGCUAGUGGGGCUCAACAAGAUUUCCAUCCCCCAGGAUGCACAGUCUUAAAAGAAGGAAAUAUUGUGAGCCAACUACACAUCUUAUACAAAGGAGGCUUGGAACUAUUGCAAGGAGGAACUGUACAUCCACCUCUUACAAGGCCUACUACAGUCUUCGGAUUAGAAUCAUUCGUCUUGAAUGAACCUCUUCCACAUACUAUCCGAACCUACAAGGAUUUUGCAAUCAAUAGAGGAAAUACAGAGAUCAUCAGUUUCCUCAUGAGUGUAGUAGCAGAAACGAACACUACAGGGAUAGAUCAAGAACAUGCUGAUUAA